AUGGACUCUGAAUUUGCGAAAGCACGCAGAUGUAUGACAGAAAGGAUCUAUGAGUUUCUCAUGCAGCGUCGACAACAAACUCUUGGUCCUCCCCCUAAGAAACUACUGGAUAUAGUAAAACGCUUAGAGGAGGGUCUGUUGAGGAGUGCUAAGACCAAGGAGGAGUAUCUAAACUUGCAAACCUUGGAGAGUCGUUUGCAUCUGCUGAUUAGACGGAUGAGUAACCACAACCAGCAAUUUUCACACGCUAAUACUUCCUCUUCCAUUGGUACAAUGAUUCCGACUCCUGGAUUACCUCAAACAGGGAAUUCAAUCCUGACAAGAACUUCAUCCGUCGAUAGUUGUGUUGCUGCUAACAAUGGUACUUUGGCUAGUGGAUAUCAACAACCAUCUUCCGGUUUCUCAAUCAGUUCGGGUGGAAAUAGCAUUUUGACUUCCAUGGGUGUACCGAGAAUGACCAGCCAAAUGAUACCCACUCCUGGAUUUACUGUUGAACCUACUAUUGUAUCACAGCCAAUGCAGCAAAAUCAACAUGUUGGUGGUCAAAAUAGUCGUAUGUUGCAUGGUAUUAGUGGUCAUAUGGGUAGGUCCACCUUGCAGCCAAUGUCCUAUGGAGUGUCAUCUGGGUCCUUAAAUGGUGGGCUAGGGGUGGUUGGAAACAAUAUACCGCCAAUGAAUGGUCCGGUUACUUCAGAGGGCUAUUUACUGGGAACCAUGCAUGGGAACUCCCCAGAACCCUCACACCAACAUUUCAAUCAACAUCAGCGACCUGAAAUGCAGGGUGACAGAUACGAACUUGGUCCAUCUGAUGCUUCGGGGUCUGGAAACAUGAAUAUUCCUGUAACCACUGUUGAGUCAGGGAUGAACGAUAAGAAAUUUAAUGCAGUGUCCUUGCAGUCCAUGCCCAAUUCAAACCCUCCUUUGAUGGCGAAUCAGUUGAAUAUGCAUGCAACUCAACAGGUGAUAAGAAUGAAGCCUAAACAAUUUCAAAAGCCUUCGUAUCACUUUCAGCAUCAGCAACUUGGUCAACAUCAACCCCAACAAGAGCAGCAAAGUCAAAGACACCAGCUUUUGCUAAAGAAUGCUGCCUUUUCAGAGUCUCAGCUGCCAUCUGAUAUAGGUUCUAAAGUAAAGCCCGAGCCUGGAACAGAGCACUAUGAUGAAAAUACACGCUCACAAGUCUCUGAGCAAUUCCAAUAUUCUGAUAUGCAGAAUCAGUUACCACACAAUUCUUUGGAAGACCAUUGUAGAAGUUCUCAGUUCCUUUCACAACCAUCUUACUCGCACGAUAUCUGUUCAUCAGUAGCUCAAACUUCUGAGCACAUGCAACAACUUUCGCAUCCGCAUCAAUUUGCUCCUAAUUCUCAAAGUGAUUUUAGUGGUUUUUCUGGUAGUGUCCAAUUAGAUUCAACGACGCAUGAUUUGUGGUAUCCCAAGACUCAUGAUGGGUCUCAUAUGGCAGGGAAAUUCCUUCAGGAUCAAAUUGUGCCAGAGGAGUUUCAUCAGAGAAUACCUGGGCAGGAUGUAGCUGAGCGAAAUAAUCUAUCCUCAGAGGAAUCAAUGAUUGGUGAACCUGAUGCUACCAAAUCAGCAGAACCUCCAAAUGUGGGGGGUUCUGGGUGCAGAUCUGGUAACAGUAAUCGUGAACUACAGUUCAAGAAUCAACAGAAAUGGCUGUUACUUUUGAGGCAUGCUCGUCGAUGUCCUGCUCCAGAGGGGAAAUGUGAUCCUAAUUGCACAAAUGUUCAGAAACUGUUGAGGCAUAUGGAACAAUGUAGUGUAUUUCAAUGUCCAUAUACUCGCUGUCGUGCUACAAAAGUUCUGGUUAAUCAUCACAGGCAUUGUAGGGAUACAAGUUGCCCGGUUUGCAUUCCUGUAAAGAAUUAUGUGAGGUCAUAUCUAAAGGCAUAUGGUCGCCCUGAUCUGGUUUCUGGUCUGCCAAGUUCAGUCAAUGGAUCUUGUAAGUCCUAUAAUACUAGUGAAAUUAUGGGUAUGUCGACACGCAAGAUGAGUCCAGCUAUUGCAGAAACUCCAGACGAUUCGCAGCCUAAUGUUAAACGCCUAAAGAUGGAACAAGCCUCCCAACCUCUUGUGCCUGAGAGUGAGAGUUCUGCUAUACCAGUUCCGAUCAUAAAUGAACCUCAUUCCCUCAAGGAUGCACAGCGUAUUGAACAACAUGUUAAUCCUUGUGUGACAAUGGAACUGGAAGUUCCCAAAGUAGAGAUGGACAUUUCUGUAAGUAAACAAGGAAGUCCUAAAAGUGUUGAGAUGAAAAAUGAAAAUUUGGAUGACACCCACCUCCAGAAUACUGAAGACUCUACUAUCAAAUCGGAGAAUUCUGUUGUACUGAAGGUGCAGGAGGUCAUUAAGAUUAAGAAGGAAUUGGACCUGGGUAAACAAGAAAAUACGUCUAUACCUUUAGAAAAUGCAUCCAAGUCUGGGAAGCCAAACAUAAAGGGAGUGUCAUUGACAGAAUUGUUCACUCCUGAGCAAGUCCGGGAGCACAUUGCAGGUCUUAGACAGUGGGUUGGCCAGAGCAAAGCAAAAGCUGAAAAGAAUCAAGCAAUGGAACAUUCAAUGAGUGAAAAUUCUUGCCAGCUGUGUGCAGUUGAGAAGCUUGCCUUUGAACCGCCGCCUCUAUAUUGUACACCUUGUGGUGCUCGCAUAAAAAGAAAUGCAAUGUAUUAUACCAUUGGAGCUGGAGAUACUCGUCAUUGCUUCUGCAUUCCAUGUUACAAUGAGGCUCGUGGAGACACCAUCAUGGCUGAUAGAACUCCUAUUCCAAAGGCAAGGUUGGAGAAGAAGAAAAAUGAUGAAGAAACUGAAGAAUGGUGGGUUCAAUGUGACAAGUGUGAAGCUUGGCAACAUCAAAUAUGUGCAUUAUUUAAUGGCAGAAGGAAUGAUGGUGGACAAGCUGAGUAUACAUGCCCAAAUUGUUAUAUAGCAGAAGUGGAAAGAGGAGAACGUAUGCCAUUACCGCAGAGUGCCGUUCUUGGAGCAAAAGAUUUGCCUAGAACAAUUUUGAGUGACCACAUUGAGCAGCGACUGUUUGGACGAUUGAAGCAAGAAAGACUGGACAGGGCGAUGGCUCAAGGAAAAAAUUAUGAUGAGGUUCCUGGAGCAGAAGCACUUGUUCUGAGAGUUGUAUCAUCUGUGGAUAAGAAGUUGGAAGUUAAACCUAGGUUUCUUGAAAUUUUUCAAGAGGAAAACUAUCCAUCGGACUUUGCAUAUAAAUCUAAGGUGGUAUUAUUAUUUCAGAAAAUUGAAGGCGUCGAAGUAUGCCUUUUUGGGAUGUACGUUCAAGAAUUUGGAUCAGAAUGUCAGCAGCCAAAUCAGCGCAGAGUUUAUCUUUCAUAUCUAGAUUCUGUGAAGUAUUUCAGGCCAGAUGUCAAAACAGUGACAGGAGAGGCUCUUCGGACAUUUGUGUACCAUGAAAUUUUGAUUGGAUAUUUAGAAUAUUGCAAAUUACGUGGUUUCACAAGCUGCUACAUAUGGGCUUGUCCUCCAUUAAAGGGCGAAGACUACAUUUUAUAUUGCCACCCAGAAAUUCAAAAGACACCAAAAUCUGAUAAACUCAGGGAGUGGUACUUGUCCAUGUUAAGAAAAGCUGCGAAGGAAAAUGUUGUGGUUGAUCUUACUAAUUUAUAUGAUCAUUUCUUUGUUUCUACUGGCGAAUGUAAAGCUAAGGUGACUGCGGCACGGUUGCCAUACUUUGAUGGAGAUUACUGGCCUGGUGCUGCAGAGGACAUGAUCCAUCAAAUACAACAAGAAGAGGAUGGGAGGAAACAGCAUAAGAAGGGAGCUACGAAAAGAACCAUCACAAAAAGAGCUUUAAAGGCAUCUGGUCAAGCUGAUCUUUCUGCCAAUGCAUCGAGGGACCUCCUGUUAAUGCAUAAACUCGGUGAGACGAUUUCUCCGAUGAAGGAGGACUUUAUCAUGGUUCACUUGCAACAUGCAUGCUCACACUGCUGCAUUCUAAUGGUAUCUGGAAAUCGUUGGGUUUGCAAACAGUGCAAAAACUUUCAGCUUUGUGACAAGUGCUAUGAAUCUGAGCAAGAACACGAGUACCAAUAUAGACAUCCUAUGAAUCAAAAGGACAAGCAUGUACUUUACUUGGUAGAAAUCGAUGAUGUUCCUGUUGAUACCAAAGAUAAAGAUGAGAUUCUUGAGAGUGAAUUCUUUGAUACGAGGCAGGCAUUUCUUAGCCUUUGUCAAGGAAACCAUUAUCAAUAUGAUACCCUGCGUCGUGCUAAGCAUUCCUCAAUGAUGGUCCUCUACCAUCUUCACAAUCCCACUGCCCCAGCAUUUGUAAUGACAUGUAAUGUAUGUCAACAUGAUAUAGAAGCCGGUCAAGGUUGGCGUUGUGAGACAUGCCCAGAUUAUGAUGUAUGCAAUGCUUGUUAUCAAAAAGAGGUUGGGAUUAGUCAUCCUCAUAAGUUAACUAAUCAAUUAUCCAAUGAACGUGAUGCACAAAAUAAAGAAGCAAGGCAAUUCCGAGUUCAGCAGCUUAGGAAAAUGCUUGAUCUCCUGGUGCAUGCUUCUCAGUGUCGUUCUCCAAAUUGCCAAUAUCCAAACUGUCGCAAGGUGAAGGGACUUUUCCGCCACGGUAUGCUGUGCAAAAUACGUGCUUCUGGUGGGUGUGCUCUCUGUAAGAAAAUGUGGUAUCUUCUUCAGCUUCAUUCUCGAGCCUGCAAAGAAUCUCAAUGCACUGUACCGCGCUGCAGAGAUUUGACUGAGCACAUUAGAAGGCUGCAACAGCAAUCUGAUUCCCGAAGAAGGGCAGCUGUGAUGGAAAUGAUGAGGCAGCGUGCUGCAGAGGUUGCUGGGAAUCCUGGAUGA